AUGGCUCAAUCACGAGUGAAUGGUCUUCAAAACGGUCAUGGUACUGCCAAUGUCAACGACCACGAGCGCGACCGUGGCAAGCGCCCAGUACGCAUUGCCAAUUGUUCUGGUGGCCAAAUGGAACCAGGCUGGCAGAUGCGCAAGCAAGCUAGUUGGGGCGACGUCGAUUUCAUCACCGGAGACUGGCUCGCGGAGAACAAUAUCGCACAAGAAGCCGCAGCCAUGGAAGCGGGAACCGGAGAGGGCUUCAAGAAGAAUGCUUGGCAAGCGUUGCAACUGAGCAUGGACGUUAUCGCGAAGAAGAAGAUCAAAGUAGUCAUUGAUGGUGGGGGGUUGAGUCCGGAGAAUUUGGCUAGGAGAUGUCAGGAGUUGGUGGACAAAAAUGGCUAUGAUAUGAAGGUUGCUUUUGUGUCGGGAGACAACCUCCUAGACGAGGUGCUUGCCUGCACUGCGUACAUUGGCGCUCGUGGUAUUGUCAAGGCUUUGGAAUCAGGCGCUGAUCUGGUCAUGUGCGGACGUGUCGCAGAUGCAUCGCCUGUAAUUGGAGCAUGUUGGUGGUGGUAUGGGUGGAAGGACACAGAGUACGACAAAUUAGCAAGUGCAUUCCUAGUUGGCCACUUGAUCGAGUGCUCCGGCUACAUUACGGGCUCCAACUUUUCAGGGUUCCAUCGCUUCCCGCUGGAGAAUUUCGUCGAUGUCGGCUUUCCUGUUGCAGAGAUCGAAGCGGACGGAACAUGCAUUAUCACCAAACACGACAACACCAAUGGUAUGGUGACGAUCGAUACAGUCAAGUGCCAGUUCCUCUAUGAGAUCCAAGGCAACAUUUACCUGAACAGCGAUGUCACCGCCAUACUUGACGGCGUGACUGUUGAAGCAGUGGGAAAGGAUCGCGUCAGGUUCUCCGGUAUCAAAGGCCGUCCUCCUCCCCCGACUACCAAGCUUGCCAUCUUCUACAAGGGCGGGUUUGAAUCCCAGAACCUUAGCAAUGCUGCCGGCUACGCGACGAAGAAGAAGUACCAGCUGUAUGAAACUCAGAUACGAGCUCGCCUCACAGAACAAGGCAUGGAUCCAGAGACGACGUUCGACUUUAUCGUUUUCCAAGUUGUUGGAUCCCCUCUACCAAAUCCACACCGGAUGUUGGAGAGCACAACGUACAUGCGAAUCUACGCGCAGGCACCCACACCCGAGCCCCUCGCUGCAUUGAAGCUCUUGCUAGCCGACGAAACCAUGCAACACUUCUCCGGCCUUCAUUGGUCACAAGACCUUCGAACCGCAGAUCCAAAAUCCUUCUACGUCUACUAUCCCAGCCUCGUCGAGCAAGAUGCCAUCAAGGAAGCCGCACACAUACUUGAACCUGGAGGAUCCAACAUCAACUGCGGGAUGUUCGUACAGCGAGCCGAGCUAUGGGAUUGGUUCCGCAGCUUCAUGACACUUCACAGGAUGAAGACGCUGAUCGGUGGGGACUGGAAAGAUGAGUAUCGUUUGGAGCGGGUUGAGUUUCCCAAAAUCUGGGCUGUGCACUUUGUCAUCUAUGGUAUCCUCGGUCGUGGAGUGAGCAGCUCGACGCUUUUAGAUAACAGAGGCAAAGGCUUCACAGAUUACAUACGAGCGAAGCAUGUAGAUAUUCCGGAGCAGUUUGUGAAGGCUGGGUGGACUUGGUCCGAGGAAGACGAUUAA